AUGUAGGACCGAUCGAUCAAUGAUUUGGUGGCGAUCAACUGUUCAGGUUCGCCUCAAAUUACUUCCGCGUAGGCAAGCAGUUGACGGCAGAGGGCAACCGCAUGGUGAAGAGAGUCGGUAAUCAGUAUUCAACGCCCUUCUGGGGUGACUGCAAAAAAGACUUAGGCGUAUUGAGGCUAUUUCCUUGGCUCAGUAGUGAAAGUCCUUCACUGACUUGGGUCCCUGCUCGUGCGUCUUUGACACUACUGCUUGUAAGUAAUUGCUUUUGUAGUACGACAAAGGAGGCAGUGUUGGCGCAAAUUGCGUCUGCUUUAUUAGGCAUUCAGACGAAGAAACGGCUCCUCGGUGGGUUGGAGACCCCACACCGAAAGAAAACAGCAAUGCAUUCAGCAUAUGUCUGGGGUUUCCAAUCAUGCUCGUUCGCACAAGAAGCAAGCGCUGGCCGCGGCUUUACAAGACGAACGAGGCUGCCAGUGGCUUGGUCAUGCAUUGAUGUCAAUGAACUCCUAACCCUUCCACUCACGGCUCAGGGAAACGUUUCUGACACGUUCGUUCAUCUCUAUUGGACGACUGAAGAAACGCCAUUCUAAGACUCCUCGUGAGGGCGGCCGUAUCUCGCGUCAGUGAAGUCCGUCUAGUCCUUUCUGCGGUUUAGCACUAUCCUGCAGUAUGGGCACCAUUUUAAUGGAUUCGGUUGGCUGCCCUUUUCCGGAAGGGGCGCGGGUCCUGUCGAGGUGGGCCUAUUUUCCUUUGCAAGACUGCAUAUUUCAAUCUAAAAAGGUUGUAUU